AUGGUUCAGCUGCUAUUAAGUAUUGGCACAAGUGUUAACGCGGAGGGUGGCCGUUAUGGUAAUGCGCUCCAAGCUGCGUCGUAUCAAGGUCAUGAAGAGAUUGUUCGGGUGUUAAUAAAAGAAGGUGCCAACGUCAACGCGCAGGGUGGCUGUUAUGGUAGUGCACUCCAGGCUGCUAAAGCAGGACGCCAUAAAGCGGAGGAACAGCGUCUGAAUGGCUUUUAUCGUGAUAGUUCACUCCAGGCUGCUGAAGUAGGACGCUAUAGAGGGGUUGUGGCUCUGCUUCAGUUCAAUCUAUGGGGUGCAGCUAAUUCGUCCGAUAGACUGUAUGAGGAGUUUCUAUUUAGCGACAGCUAG